AUGGAAGAAUUGGACCGAGCUUUUUUAAACAACCGCAUAGAGGUAGCGCGUUCAGAAGACAUAACUUUAAGAGAGAGUGAUGUUCUUCUGCAAGGCGAAAAACAAUUUUCAGACCCUGUGGCAGAUUUUGGGGAGAAUAGUACUUUAAAGGAACAGCUUGUUUUGGAAUAUGGAGUGUCGACAUUACUCCAAGAAAAAUUGGACAACGCGGAAAUUCUACUACAAAGUACUCCGCAACGUGUGGAUGAAACUCUACGAGAAUUUUCUAAAGAAAAUCUAGAGCCAGUUGUAGACGUGAUAAAUGUCCCAAUUGAAAAAAGACCGUCUCGAGCACCUGUUACAGUGUUAUCCGGGUUGGAGAAAGAACUUUCGGAGGCCACUGAGAAGGGAACAAAGGAGCAGUCUAAGAGAAAGCGCAGGAAACGUGCACGACGACGGAGUGGUCCAGUUUCAGAUGACAUAACUACUAUACCUUAUGAGGAAAUGAGAGGACGCUUAAGUAAACCAAAUUUGCAUACACGUCCAAGAUCCUCUUUGUUUGAUAUUCGCGAACCAGAAGAAUUUAGUGGCCUUUUGGAAAGGAAAUUUGCCACUUCAAUCGCCAAUCGGAUUUUUGGUGAAGAAUGCUUUCCUAAACCACGCCUUUUGAAUCCAAUAUCAUUCCAAGAAGCACUAGAUUACGACAGCGUGUUCAUAAAAGAAUUUGGCCUCAACGCGUCUAAUUCAGCAAUUACAGAAGAAGCUGAGGCAGAACGUUGCCGUGGCAGCACAUCAACGUUUCAGCACUCUGUUAGCACGAGGACUGCGACGAGGUUAACUGAAGAUUUGAAAGUUUCUGAUAUUAACGAUUCUAAUGGACUAAUUACAGAAAAGGUUUCAGAAUCAUUGGAACCAUUCUUGUUAAGAGAGCACACUGAGGAUUGGUCUGAGUUGUCAAAAUCGUCUCACUUGUUGCAAAACCUUACAUUUCAUUCAGAAGUUGCCGAAGGUAAUGAACUUUCAUCUUCUGCCCAGUUGCAGUUAGCAGCAGACCUCGGGAGCGAAAACUUAGUAAACGAGGACCUAUUGAACGCUCCAGAAGGUUUCGCAAAUGGCAAACAGGUCCACCUUCAAAAUGAGCUUGGAGAGGCGCCAUCGUUACAAGUGGCAGAAGAUGACCCAGUAAUCAAGGAGUCUAAGGAUUCGAAUAGAUAUAUAAGCUGUGGCACUCCUGAAGAGUUGUUCAAAAGCAUUGAAUUUAUGCAACUAACCGAGGGGGUUUCUGAUGUACGGUUUUCGUCUCUUCUUCAAAAGUGCUCAAAUGUGGAAGCUGCAAGAGGAUUUUCCAAUCUUCUUUUGUUAUUGAAACAAAACAGAAUUCGGGUGCUGCAAGACGUUCCAUUUGGAGACAUACGAAUUUUGGCAAAUACUCAUUGA